UUUUAAGCGAAUUGUGCACCACCACGAAGCUGCAGGCGGGGCCAACUGCCAAGCCACUAGCCAUGCCAGGUCUUUAUGUGUCGCGUUCGAGUCGGUCUUGUCGGCGACGGCCAGAGCAACGCGUUGGCCAGCGUCUUCAUGGCGUUUCUCGACGGGGAGCCGGUGUGUGCGGUUGGACGUUCUCGGGUACUGAAGGAUCCCAUACGCCGUCAAGCGUCUGUGCUCCGUGCAGCUUGUUUCUGAUACCCUGAAUCCUACCUUGGUGAUGACUCCGUGAUAUCGUUCCGCUUUAGAUGACUGGCUGUGCGCGCUGCAAAAUACAGCAUAGUGGCGUCCAGUUCUGUGGCGCGUCCGCGCAACUCGGCAUGGAUCCCAAAGAAAGUAACGCGGCGGCAGAUUCAGUGAAGUGCCCUGUAAUACCCCACCCAUCGAACCUGCCGUUGCGAGCACGCGUUCCAGUUUACUUGACGCACUACGAGCGGCCAAGCAAACUUUUUCUGCGUUACAACCUGUCCGACUCGAACGAAUGCGUCGACCAGUGUGACUGCUACAUCGAGCCAGACAGGCCCCAUCUGUACGAAGCGUUCCUCGGCAUGUGCUGCAUGGUGUGUCCCGAUAGCUGCAGCAGGCAGGCACUGCGAGCGGUGGUGACGGACGUUCGCAGAAACUUAAACGGCAUUCAGGUACUGGUUGAUGUCCUGUACGUCGACGAAGGCCGCACCGACGUUGUCGGACUGGACUGUGUUUACCCCAUCAGCGAGGACGAAGCGCUUGAGCCUUACCGAGCGGUGGCCUGCUGCAUACGCAGAAUAAGGCCAGCAUGGGUAAGCUCCUGCUACGACUUGCAGCUGCUUAUCGACGACAACGUACCCUACUACUAUGAAGCCAUUUUCUACGGCCGCUCGGACAGUGGACAAGAUUUGCAACCAAGGGAUACAAAGGAAACUAUGUUGGAUUAUUUAGCAGCCAAAUUAAGAUUUGCUAAAUAAUUAUAAAUAUUAGGCCACCAUUGCCAAUUGGAUGUUAAUAACUAAUGGCAAGCUUAUAACAAAUCAACUUUUAAAAAUAAUCAGAAGCCCUUAUUUGAAACCCACAUGCACAUAAUAAUGAGGGUCAUUGAAAGCUUUGUUGAGCUGUUUUAAACUUACAAGAACCGUAAAAGAGAUAAAAUGCUUCGUUAAACUUGUAGAAGGUGCUAGUAUAAAUGGGUAGCAAUGUUACAUGCACCUGAAGUUUGUCCCUGAUGGCUUGGCAGUUUGAGCAGCCCGGAAGAAAAGCAAAAAAAUAAGAGCACUGAUUUGAUUAAUUUGUGGCAUAGAAAGGGAGUGCGUGAUUAAAUGUUGUUAUAAUGCUUCACUUGCAACAAGGAAUACAGUGGAACCUCGCUGAUACAAUCUUCGCAGCAGCAAGAAAAUAAAACGUAUCAUCCAAAGCAAGCCCCAAAACGUAAGAAAACAGGCUUACUUGGUGAAAAACUCGCUAGCAAAGCUUCCUGUGGCGUCGAGUGAUACUGCUCCGCAUAACACGCGUGUUAUGCGGAGCAGCAUUACGACACCACACGAACCGAACCUCAGCCAACACACUUUAGCAACGUUAAAACAGCUUGUUAGUUU